AUGACGAAGCCGACGUUUCCAGAUCCGCCCAAACUCGAUACUUUGGUCUUACACGCUGAUCAGCCUGACGAAACGAAAGAUGAGGCAUUCCCUGUUGCUCCUUCGAUCUCUAUGAGCACGACGUUUCGCCAGCCACAUCCAGACAGCACACUUGCCCGAAAUGCUGACAACCUUGAGAGUGCCCCAGACGUCGCUCCUUACCAUGUGUAUAGCCGCUAUACGCAAGAUACUCGCACUCGCGCUGAACGUGUAAUUUCUGGUAUACUGGGUGCACAUUCGCUCUUAUACUCAUCAGGGCUCUCAGCUUCUGACUCACUCUUGGAUUUUUGUUUGCCCAGUGUGAUUGCAAUUCGUGAGGGCUACUUUGGCGUACACGAAGUGAUUCACAAGUAUUGCCGCGGUCGUAAUGUGAAAGUAAUUGAUCUCGAUGACGAAUAUCCUGUUCUUGCUGGAGUACCAGCUGAAAAUGAGUCAAACAUCAGUCAAGGGAAACUUCUGGUCUGGCUCGAAACACCACUGAAUCCGACGGGGGAAGCGCGCGACAUCGAGCAUUAUGCCAACCGUGCGCGUGCUGCCAAUGGUUAUUUGGUUGUGGAUGCGACGCUUGCGCCACCUCCACUCAUGGAUCCCUUUCUUCAUGGCGCCGAUUUUGUCGUGCACUCAGGCACGAAGUAUUUGGCGGACAUUCCGAUUUGCUAA